AUGAUGUCCUCCGCGGCGAGCUCUGCCUCCGUGCAGAGCGAGAGGUCAGAAGAGAUGGAGACGAGCCUGUCGCAUGCCCAGCCAGAUCUGGAUACCUUGGUGUCGCACCUUGCAGCCGCCAAGCGGUCCCUCUCCUCCAUCCACCAUGUCUGGAGGGCCAACGAGAUCGUCACCACCGCCCGCACCGCGCUGGAGGAGAGCGUCGUCGUCGCGGCCCGGACCAGUUUCCUUCGUCGAGGCCUGGAUGAGCAGAUCCGCCUCCUCUUCAAGGUAAGGACCGAAGUGGAAGACGUAGCCCACCGUGGCCGGGCCGAGUUCGCUGCCGCCAUCAAGGAGCUGGAUGCCGUCGACGGCCGGCUGCAGCAGACCCUCGACAGCUUGCGGGAGACCACCCUGGAGCCGGCGUUUCGUCCCGAGCAGGAGGAGGCGUCCAAGACGCUACAUGACUUUAUCGAUGAGCAUGCCGUGGAUGACAUUCAGUCGCUGCUCAAGGACGCCAUCGAUAACGUCACCGCGGCCCAGUCAGAGCUCGACGUGUCCAAUCGAGCAUUCGAUAACGAUCUUCAGUCCAUACAACUGGCUUUGGACAAGUACAGGCUGUCCGUCAAACGAGGCUCCGUCUCCUCCCUGAGCCUGUCUGCUUCUUCGUCUGCCUCCCGGGUCAAGAUGCCGUCCCCGGCAGUGAUACCGGAGUUUCUUCACUCCCUCGAGCUGAACGCGCAGGAGAUGGCUGACCUGCUGGAGUCACUGGUCCGCCACUUCGAUCUAUGCGUCACCGCAGUCAAGCACACAGAAGGAGGCGGGGUUGUCGCACGCAACAUCACAGGCGACCUCCCCACCGACGUUGGUGUGGGGAUCCGGGCCGGCGGAAACCCACCCGGCGGCGAUAACGACGAUGCCAACACUCCAAAUCCGCAGCUUGAGCCUCUUACCGACUCAGAUUACCGCGAUAUGGUCAACGUAAUCGCCAAGGACGCAGCAGAGGCGGAGGAUGUCGUGCUCGAAAUCCAGGAUCGCAUCGCCGAGAUGGAAUCAACCUUAGACAGAGUCCUGGAACAGCGUGAUUCACUAAUCGCAGCCUCCGUGUCCACCACCGCCGUGUUUCGCCGGCUGGCGGAGUUUGAGUCAACCCGCUUGCCAGAGUAUGUCGCGCAGUCUCACAGUUUUGAGCAAACAUGGAAAACAGAACAUGAACGCAUGGAGUCAGGCAUGGCUGACCUGAACGACCUGCGUGGCUUGUACAUGGGCUUCCUAGACGCAUACGACGGUCUCAUUCUCGAAGUUGCACGGCGGAUGAGCGCGAAAAAGGCUGCUGAAGAUAUCCUCAAGGAUGCCCGCGCGAGGCUGGAUGCCCUGUAUGAAGAAGACGCGCAGGCACGAGAGGCCUUCAGGAUCGAUCAGGGCGACUAUCUCCCUUCAGAUAUCUGGCCGGGCCUGAGCGUUGGGCCGAGCAGAGUGGUGUUUCAGAGGAUACGUGCAGAGGACGCCGCCCAAGUCGACGACGCUACGGAGCUCGACCAUGCUGACCCAGAAGACGGCGGCCAGGCUCCGGCCAAGGAGAGCAGACAAGAAGAUCAUUUCGGCGAGAGCAUCCCUAAUCUACCCAAGCACGUCAUUGAGCAGGCAUUCGCACGCCUCAACUCCAGAGGGGCAAACCUCCCUUCAUAA